AUGCUGCACCGCGCUUUGGUACGCGCUGCCGCGCCCCUGCAUUCUCCAACACUCUUUCGGACUGUGGCAAGUGCUGCGGGUACAAACGAUGAAGCGAUCCUUGCUCACGUCAAGCAGCGCUGGAAGCAGGCGCGCCUCGCGAAAGAUGCACAGACAGCGACGGUGCUGGGCGGGAUCCUUACCGACUUGCAGUACGCUGGCAAGGCGAAGCAACAGGCGAAUCAAAAGCCGCCGUCGAUCGUAAAGAUGCUGCAAAAGGGCAUCAAGAAACGCACGGAUGCAGCCAAGGUAUUCCGGAAUGCAACGCCGCAGCCGCGUAUGGAUUUGGCAGAGAAAGAGGAGGGCGAAAUUGCCUUGCUACAGGAGCUGCUGCCUAAGUAG